AUGGAGGAAAUGAGUGAUUAUUCUGGAUUUUUGGGUGUGGAAAGGAGCAAGCGGACAGAGGCACUGAAGCUCUAUUCUUCUGCAGGUCACAAACUAGAGAUGAAGCCGGAGGCACGUGUCACCUGCCAGGUGUUGCUGACAGUGCUAUUCACUGCUCUGCUCCUCACAGCCAUCACUUUUGCAGUGCAGGCUUUUCAGCCUCGUCCCCAGCCCUGCUUUCGGUGUCCCUUUGACUGGAUUGGGUACAGAGGAAAAUGCUACUAUUUUUCGGAGGCUGAGGGGAACUGGACAUCCAGCCAGGACAACUGCUCGGCACUUGGUGCUUCCUUGGCCAUGCUGGACAACAUGGAGGACUUGAGUUUCAUGAUGAGAUAUAAAGGCAUCUCAGAACACUGGAUUGGACUUUUGCGGGAAGAUGAGGAGCAGCCAUGGCAAUGGGUGAACCGUUCACAUUUAUCUCACCUGUUUCAGGUCCGUGGCGGAGGGCUCUGUGCCUACCUGGAUGACAACGGGCUCAGCUCCUCCUGCUGCAGCACUGAGAGGAGCUGGAUUUGUAACAAACGUGAGCAGCAGAGCCCAGGCAAGAGCAAAGGGAUGAGAUGGGCUCGAAACCUCUGUGUCAGCUCCUCAGGUGGUCCAGGGAGGGCUUCUCACACCCAGCUACCUGCUGCACCAUAA